AUUUAAAUUGUUACCAUUGUUUUAUGUUGCAUUAAUAUUAAAACCACAGGGCCAAAACGUUAAAUUAUAGCAAAGUAUAGGAACGUUUUAGCACUUUUUCAUAGGCAAUCUGCAAAAACGGGGGUUAAAUUGCUCUUUCAGGAUCAGAAUAUAAUCUUUCGACAUUCCAGUCCCUCAAUCUUCAGUCUCUAGUUGCAGAAAGAAAGCAGACAGGCUUAGGGAAGAUGCUGCCACAGCAGCUGAAGAAGGCUGUCACAGACAACCCCAAGAAGAUUGCUAAUUUAAUUGAUCUUGUAAACCUUCCUUCAAAUCUUAGAGAUUUUGUUGGCCAGUCGCAAAUUUCUCGUCUGGGAUGUUUCAGGCAUGUCUGGUCCUACAUCAAGACUAAUAAUCUCCAGGACCCAGACAACAAGAACAUAGUGAACUGUGAUGAAAAGUUGAAGAGUAUUUUGUUGGGCAAGCCUCAGGUUGAUCUUGCUGAACUUCCUGCCCUGAUCAAAAUGCAUUUUCCCAAAGAUCCGAAGUAGACCUUCAUUGCAUCAUAAUAGGGUCUUUACAUUGUUAAUUUAUUUACUAUUUAAUGUGAUGAAUCCUAGAAGGGUUUUAUUUUCAUUAAAAUGAUUAUUAAAAUAUUUAAUGUAGCUUAUUUCUUGCC